AAACCGACGACGUCAAGCGCAUCCCGUGUUACAGUCAAGAUGACAGACACAAUCAAUGGCGCUGCGGCUCCGGAAGAGGACGAGCUCGUUGACUAUGAGGAAGAUCAGCCCGAAGAAGCCAACCAGGCCAAGGGCACAGAGACUUUGGCGAAGAAGGGCUACGUGGGCAUCCACUCCACUGGUUUCAAGGAUUUUCUGUUGAAACCUGAACUACUACGAGCAAUCGUGGACUGUGGCUUCGAGCACCCUUCAGAAGUGCAACACGAGUGCAUACCCCAGGCCAUCCUGGGUAUGGAUGUCAUCUGCCAGGCAAAGUCUGGUAUGGGCAAGACCGCUGUCUUCGUGCUGUCAGUCCUGCAGCAGUUGGAGCCCGUGGAGAACGAAGUUGCAGCUCUGAUCAUCUGCCAUACUCGCGAGCUGGCCUACCAGAUCUGCCACGAGUUCGAGCGGUUCAGCACGUACAUGCCGAACGUGAGAGUGGCGAACUUCUUUGGCGGCUUCCCGAUUAAACAGCAAAUCGAGCAGCUCAAGACAAACACACCUCACGCAGUCGUGGGAACUCCAGGACGUCUCAAGCAGCUCUCGCGGUCAGGGCUCAACCUGAAGACCAUCCGCCACUUCAUCAUCGACGAGUGUGACAAGGUGCUGGAGAACGUAGACAUGCGCGGGGACGUCCAGGACAUUUUCAAGCAGACGCCGCACGACAAGCAAGUCAUGAUGUUCUCGGCCACGCUGUCUGCGGAGAUCCGGCCUAUCAUCAAGAAGUUCAUGUCCGACCCCAUGGAGAUUUACGUUGACGAUGAGGCCAAGCUGACGCUGCACGGACUGGUCCAGCACUAUAUCAUGCUGAACGAGGAGGAGAAGAACCGCAAGCUCAACGACCUCCUCGAUGCCCUGGACUUCAACCAGGUGGUCAUCUUCGUGAAGUCGGUGAUGCGCGCCAAGGAGCUGAACAAGCUGCUGGUGGAGUGCAACUUCCCCUCCAUCUGCAUCCACAGCGCUCAAAAGCAGGAGGAGAGGCUGAAGGUAUACAAGGCCUUCAAGGAGGGCCAGAAGCGCAUCCUCGUGGCCACAGACCUGGUGGGGCGUGGCAUCGACAUUGAGCGCGUCAACAUUGUCAUCAACUAUGACAUGCCCGAGACCGAUGAGCGGCACGGCAAUGGCGCCGACACCUACCUGCACAGGGUGGGGCGCGCUGGUCGCUUCGGCACCAAGGGCCUGGCCAUCACAUUUGUGGCCUCAGAGCAGGACUCAGCCGUGCUCAAUCAGGUCCAGGAGCGCUUUGAUGUGGACAUCAAGCCCCUGCCAGACCAGAUUGACACAUCCACCUACAUGAACACAGCCUGAUGUGCUGUCAGAUGACGGCAAUCCUGGGCAUCCUGCUUCACGCGGCGCUUGCCUGGGCUUUGCCCUGAGAAACUACGUCGUCCUAUUUGUUUGAGUGUCUCUUGGCUUGACUCCGUUUGUGACUCUCCCGUUUCGUCCAUGCAGAGAUUCAUUGUGCAAUAUAUGUGCCUCUGAUCUAAGAUCAGUGAUCUGCCUUUUGGGCCAUGCUGGCCAGAUUUUGCUACUUUGUAAUAGUGUGGCCCUGGGGGCUUUGUUUGUUGCUGCGGUAUCAUGAUGCUGUGGUGAACACUGUUGGCACAUGGCAUGCCACUUCACCUGCAACAGAUGUGGCAUGUUCAGACUUUGUAACAUUGAGAGAUUCUCGUUC